GGGUUUUGUUAAAAAAAUGGGGGUUUAUAACUGAUUAAAGGUUAUUUUCAAAAGGUCAUUUUAAUCUGGAGAACGAGACUCAUCGGGACUUCUAAUUUAUUACAUACGAGUGUAGACUUAUUCAAUAAGUCUACAGUCAGAUCUGGAUUUCUGCAAUAGAACAUAUUAAUGUUUAAUUCUUGUGCAUCUGUAUAUAUGUUCAAGCAACUAGUUAGAAAUAACUAAGGUUGAAUUUUAACUCUCUGGGAAUGUUAGGAAGAAAGAAAAGUGGGAUCGGAGGGGGCGAGGAAAGGAAACAAGGACGCCCCUCCGCUGGUUUGGACCGCAGCCUGCUCCAUUCCUUCCAAUCCGUUCACCUCCAUUCACAGUAAAUAGAAGCAUGGAGGCUUGACUCUCGGGAUCUAACGUCGAACAGCGGGGGGUAAAGACGCUGCCGCAUGCGCUGUGCGUGAAACUACACCGCCAGGAGAAAACAGGAGCGCAAUAAGCGCAUUGUCAUUUAUAAUUUAGUCAUUUUAGGAAAAAGGAGGAGUGUAUUUGGGGAGCGGAGCGGAGCAUGAAGCGGAUGGCCGUGGUGGCCAGGCACAAUGGCCUCGUCUCUCCUUUGGGGAACAACAACUCCGGGGCUUCGAGCAUCGUCUCCCCACCCCAAGCGAAAGCCACGAAUGUCUCCGCCUGUAUUGACACUCCAGCCGGGGGUGGGAUGGACGGCCUGCUGGAUUUCUCCAAAGGCCCCACCGUGAAAACCGAGCUGGUGUGCAAAUGGACUGAGCGAACUUCUUCGAAGCCGAGGCUCGGGCGGACGGCGACGUCCGUCUGCGAGCAAACUUUCAGCUCCAUGCCCGAGCUCGUGGACCACGUCACCAGCGAGCACGUCGCGGCGGGGCUCGAGAGCCUCAGUCAUGUCUGCAUGUGGGACGAGUGUCUGCGCGGCGGGAAGGCGUUCAAAGCCAAAUACAAACUCAUCAACCACAUCCGCGUGCACACCGGGGAGAAGCCCUUCUCGUGCGCGUUUCCCAACUGCGGCAAGAUGUUCGCACGCUCCGAGAACCUCAAGAUCCACACGCGCACGCACACGGGCGAGAAGCCAUUCCAGUGUGAGUUUUGUGAGAGGCGCUUCGCUAACAGCAGCGACAGGAAGAAGCACUCGCAGGUCCACACUGCUUCAAAGCCCUAUGACUGCAAGGCUCUGGGCUGCACCAAGUCUUACACCCACCCCAGCUCCCUGCGCAAGCACAUGAAGAUCCACGUCAAGUCGUCGCCUACCUCUGACCACCAGGACUUGUACAGCUUUGGCCAUCACCACCUCCAGCAACCUGUCCUCGAACCCCUCGACCUGAAAAUGAACCACUUCACUUCGUCGCUUGCCAACAGGAGUUCUCAUUUCCCACUGUUGACCACUCACCAGUUAGAUCUCAGCCCUAGCAACGACGUAAGCGGUAAGGUGUUGCUGCGGAGUUCGUCUCCGGUGGCCAUGCCUCUGGAUCUCUCUCUGUCGGGCCUCAAGAGCCAGCUGAGCCAGAAGCAACAGAGCUCCAGAACCCCCCGCCGGAGCCAGCGCUCGGUGAACCCGGCCUUAACUCAGCUGUCAAACAUUAAGGAGUGGUACGUUUGCACGAGGACUACAGCGCCACACUUUCCACUGCUUCACCCAGACCACAUCAAGACAGAACGCAGCGACGAGGACGACUACAUCACGUAGGGUGCGAGCGAUGGUUGCUUCAGUCAGAACAAGCAGCUGUUUGCUCCUUAAUCAGUGGCUCCUGGCCAAGACUUUCAUCAAACAUCAAGACAGUUAUUGUUUCACUAAACAACCCAUCUCUGAGAUAUGUGGACGAAAAUGUGGUGUCCAAAACAAUGGCAGAAAGGUCACCAUGAGAUUCUGAAACAAAGUUUUACAGCUAAUACGGUGGUUUUGUUAAAUCAAGAGUACCCAAGGAUGUUGCUUCCUAGAACUAUUUGAACAGGGUGUCUGAACUUUAGAACCAGUCUAAGGGCUGUGAUGUGUGAAGCAGUUUCAAGGGCUAAAGCGACAGCGAUGAAACAAGCCAACAGGCAGCUCGGCAUGUUCAAACAGCCAACUUAUGAAGUGCAGGGCUGUCAGAGCUGUCGAGGGUUUAGUAUUCUUCAAAUAAGCUGGUAGAGGUUUGGUUUGUUUGCUAAAAUAGUUGGAACCAGAUGGUCCUGCUGCCAGCUGGGAUUUCUUCGACAUGUUGUUAGAAGAAUCGACGAGCACUUUGUUUGAAGCAAACUGAGGCCUUUAGUAACAAAGAAUGAGUGGAAACCU